GGAUUAUACAUGGAAAACCCCUUUGAUGUGAAGGAUAAAAACUAUGGGACCGUUUAAGGGGUCCACCCUACCUUCUUUUAUUGAUAAAUUGAGAUAAAAAGAAUCCCAAUUCAAUUUACAAAGGAUUCACAACCCACCAACUACAACAAACAAUAAGAGAUUGAAAUUUGAGAGUGAAAAGAAUAGAAUUCACCCAAAAACAAGACUUCUGUUCAGAGACGAUUCUGACCAAGCUAGAGUUUAAACCGAUGAUCAAACCGUCCAAAAUAAAGCCCUUGAUAUCAGGAAUAAGCUGUAAAAUUUUGAGCACGAUCCAACUGUGGAAAUUUUGGCAACGACCAAUUAUGUAAAGGCUUCCCAGAAAAAUCCGUAAAUGGAAUUUCUUGUAAAGAACCCUCACUCUCUCUUUCUCUCCCUCUAUUUUGUGCGUGUGAAUGUUCUAAAAUUGCUGAGUAUUUUUCAGCAAGAAUAGCCUUAUAAAACUUCCCUUGAAAGCCACAAAACUCAUGCUAAAUAUGGACCCAAAAAUAAAGGUAGAUUGUGUGUUUGUUUUGUGAGGCUUCUCUAGUUCUCUUCCCCAUAAAUUUCAGUAUUUCACCAUCGAAGAUGAUUGUCAUGACUCAUGAGCUUCUUCAUUCAUUUAUCUCUUGUUGAAACUUCUGUAAAAUGGUUCUAACGGAAGAAACCAAUUUUGCUACAUAAUAGACAUAAGCUUUACAUAUAUACCCCCAAUUUGCCACACCAAAACACUCCUUGAUAAACACACUACUUGUCUGGCCAAAAGAAUCAAAAUUUUUUUGUAAAAAGUACCGCAAUAGUCAAACACAUAAAAACUCCAAAGUCUCCAUAGACUCUAUUGAUUUAAAUGGUCCAAUUCUCCCUCUCAUCAUUCUGGGUUUCCGCCAUGGAUAAAUCCAACAAAACUCUGUUCAAAUUCCAACCCAUUUCACCAUUAACACUCUUCUUCUUCAUUUUCUCUCUCCCCUCUUCUUUCUCUCUCCUCCACCUUCACCCUCCACCAUUACCUCUCCUCCCCAUCCCCACCUCCCAGCAACUCUCAUGGCAGCUCUCAGAAAUGGCAAUCUUCCUCCACUUUGGCACCAACACUUUCACCGACUCCGAAUGGGGUGACGGUAAAUCCGACCCAUCUAUCUUCUUCCCCUCCAAUUUCGACGCUAAACAGUGGGUCUCCGUCGCUAAAUCCGCCGGAUUUUCCCGGGUCAUUUUGACUGCGAAACACCAUGAUGGGUUCUGCCUUUGGCCGUCUGAUUACACUGAUUAUUCUGUGAAAUCGAGUGAUUGGCGACGUGGGAAUGGCGAUAUAGUGGAUGAUUUGGCUGUUGCAGCGAAAGAGAGUGGGAUUCAAUUGGGGUUGUAUCUCUCUCCUUGGGAUCGCCAUGAAAGUUGUUAUGGGAAUACUUUGGAGUAUAAUGAGUUUUAUUUGGCACAAAUGACUGAAUUGCUAACUAGAUAUGGGGAGAUCAAGGAGGUAUGGUUGGAUGGUGCCAAGGGAGAGGGGGGGAAGGAUAUGGAAUAUUUCUUUGACAUCUGGUUUGAUCUAGUUCAUCAACUGCAACCUAAAGCCGUAAUCUUUUCUGAUGCGGGACCUGAUGUUCGGUGGGUUGGAGAUGAAGCUGGUGUUGCUGGAUCAACUUGCUGGUCUUCUUUUAAUAGGAGCGCUGCGAAAAUUGGUGGCACUGAUCCCCAGUAUUCACGGGAAGGAGACCCAGGGGGGCAUGAUUGGGUACCUGCUGAAUGUGAUGUCUCCAUCAGACCUGGUUGGUUUUGGCAUGCAUCUGAAUCACCAAAAUCUGCACUGUCUCUACUUGACAUCUACUACAAAUCAGUAGGCAGAAAUUGUCUUUUACUGCUAAAUGUUCCCCCAAACUCCUCUGGGCUUAUAUCUGAUGAAGAUAUACAAGUACUCCAAGAAUUUGCUGAGCUUCGGAGCUCUAUUUUUUCCAAUAACUUGGCUAGGCAUGCCAUUGUGUUUGCCAGUAGUACACGAGGAGAUGCUGAUUCUCGCUUUGGUGCCUUCCAUGUUCUUGAAGAGAAUAUUUAUACAUAUUGGGCUCCAGAAAAGAAUCAAGCUCAUUGGAUAUUGUAUAUAGACUUGAAGGAUAUAAUCGCUUUCAAUGUUUUGCAACUUCAAGAACCAAUUCAACUAGGGCAAAGGAUCACAUAUUUUCAUGUUGAUAUUAUGAAAGAUAAGGGGCAAUGGAAGAGAAUUUUGGAUGGGACUACAAUUGGACACAAAAGACUUUUACAAUUUCCGAGAGUGGAAUCUCAGUACUUGAGGUUGGUGAUUGAGAAAGCUCGUGGAGACCCUCUUAUUUCCUUUGUUGGGGUUCAUAUAGAUCCUUAUAUAACCCUAACAAACUUAUCUGAUACUAGUCAUACAACCAAAAAGCUGCCAUCAAAUGGAAACAAUUUCUUGAGUAAGUUUAAAGAUACUCUCUAUUCUGUACCAUACAGAAAGAUGUCUCUCAGAUCUCAAAUUUAGGUAAGCCUUACUAUGGGAGCAUAUAAUACUGUGGGAAUCUGGUGGGAUGCAUUCCACCUCUUUUUCCUCUGCUUUAUUACAGUCCUUGAUAUAGUUUACCAUCAAUCUCGGAGUAUAAAGCUCAAUGAUAAAAAGAUCGAGAGUUUAAAUCAAGCUUUGCCUCAUUUAUUCUUCUGAGUGGCAAAAGAAAGCGUAAUCCCGAUGUGUUUAUCCUAAACAUCCAUAGUACAUAUGUUUUGUACCAUUUGUAUAUCAAUUAUUCAAUACUCUGUAUUGCCUGUGGAAAGCGGAAUACUCUCACUCAAGCGAUUAUUGUUGUAUGUUUGAAAUGAUUACAGAAAUGAACAGUUUGCUCGAUGUACACUGUUGAAAUUUGUGAUUCAGAGAUUUAUUUUUUUUAAUGCAAAUGCUGUAUUAUGUAACUA